AUGACGGGUAUCACCGCAGCCAGCCUGCGCGGCGCCGACGGGCGCUUCGACAACCCCUGGCCCACCUGGAAGGGCGACAAGUCGCUGUGGGACCUCCGAGAGUUUGCGAAGCAGAUGCGGGAGCUGAGGGCGCCCAACUAUGGCUACCUGUCUUACAAGCGGCAGCCCACCCUGGCUGAUAUGAGUGCUGCCUUUCCGCUGCGCGCGCCUGAUUACGACGCCCUCUCCAGCCCCGACCCCGCGGCCGUCUCCGCGCUGUGGGUCGGCCACGCGAGCGUGCUGGUGCAGAUGGAGGGGCUCACCCUCUGGACUGACCCCGUGCUCGCGGACCGCGCCUCGCCGCUGCCCUUCGUCGGCCCGCGUCGCGCCGUCCCGCCGGCCUUGAGCCCUGAGGACCCGUGGCUUCCAAAGGUGGAUGCUAUCCUGAUCAGCCACAACCACUACGACCACCUCUGCGCGCCCUCAGUCAAGAGGCUGCACAGGCGGUACGGUGACGACCUGGUGUGGUACGUGCCGCUGGGUCUGGCCGAGUGGUUCGCGGCACGGGGCAUCAAGAAUGUCAAGGAGCUCGGCUGGUGGGAGCAGGCGCAGCAUCCUGGCAGCAAGGUGCAGCUCGUGCUGACGCCCGCACAGCACUGGAGCGCCCGCGGCAUCAUGGACCGCCGCAAGACCCUGUGGGGCGGCUGGGCCGCGCUCGGCGAGCGCAGCCGCUUCUGGUUCGCGGGGGACACCGGCUAUGCCCCCGUCUUCAAGGAGAUCGGGCAGCGCCUGGGGCCCUUUGAUCUGUCGGCGAUUCCGAUCGGCGCGUACGAGCCCAGGGCCUUCAUGGCGCCGCAGCACGUCGGCCCCGACGAGGCCGUGACGAUCCACCGCGACGUGCGGUCUCGCCGCUCCAUCGCCAUCCACUGCUGCACCUUCCACCUGACCCUUGAGCCCCUGGACGAGCCGCCGGCGCUGCUGGCGCGCGAGGCCGCGGCGCGGGGAUUGGCGGACGAUGAGUUUGUGUGCCUCCAGCACGGCGCGAUGAUGACGGUGAAGGACGGCGCCGUCGUCAACUCGCCUUUGCAACGCCUGCCCCUGCCGCGGCCCGCAACCGAUGCUGGCGAGCAGCAGCAGCCGCAGCCGCAGCAGGCGGCGGCGUCGCGUGGCGUGGGGCUGGCUGCAUCCGAUGAACUGUGA